CUCACUCCAUGGGAGGGAAUACAUCCCCGAUACUGAAAACCUACAACAGGGGUAGUCAUGAUCCCUAGAGUCUGUUUCUGUCUGGCUAAACAUAUAUACUACGCUCACUAAACUGCCCAACACUGCAGAAGAAAUGAGGAGUGAAGAGACCGUGACCAUGGAAAGAAGCAUGAGGCCUGAGGACGCUGCAGGGUUGUCCGUGGCAGCGCAGUACUCGGAGGCCUGGGGGUACUUUCAUCUGGCUCCAGCACACGCAGGGCACCCGUCCGGCACCUGGGCCACCUGCCGGCUAUGCGGGGAGCGGGUGGCCCGUUCCCGGGACUUUCAGGCUUGGACCUUGGCUCUGUGGAGGCACCUGAGCAGCAUGCAUGGGCCGGAGCUGGAGAAGGGUGGUGCUAAGCGCUCACCACCCGCCGCGCCCUGCCCGCCAGCGCCCAGCCCCGUGGCGGCCCCAGAGGGUGUCUGGGCACACUUGCUGGAGCAGAUGAGUGCCUUGAUGGUACGUGGCAGCCAAAGGGAGCGGGAGCUGGAGCGGCGUGAGGCGGCCCUGGAGCAGGGUGAGCGCGCCCUGGAACACCGACGCCAGGCUCUGCAGCAGGAGGAGUGCGCCCUGGCCCAGGAGCGUCGCAAGCUGAGGGCAGAGCGGGAGGCACUGCAGGUGCGGCUGCAGGAGCUGAACCUACUGAAGGGCUCCCGAGUCGGGCCCGUUGCGCCAUCCUCUCCCCAACCACCGCCUCUUAAAGAAGACCCCGAAGACAGCUAUGACUGCAUCGUCACAAAGAUCUUGCUAUAAGUGGAAGGAUGCUCCCUCAGCCAAGGUGGAAGGUCCUCCAAGUAUGGGGCAGCGACCAGAGCAGAAUCAUGGCCCACUGUUCACCAACUGCAAGGCCUUCCAUGCCCUGCCUGGGCGGAACAGAAGGAACCACCCCCUCCCCAGUGCCUCAGAAGUUCCUCUGGUUCUACGCUGUAGGCCUAUGAUGGUCCGUUCAAUUUAUUGGCGACACUAGGAGAAACCAAAGAGCUUCAUCAACUCAUGCCAUGCCAUUUAAAGCGAUGGCUUUGAAAGCACUGGUUCUCUACACGCCAAAGACUCAUGACACCAAGUGUCUAUAUACGUGCCAGCUCAAGGGAGAAGGGCAUAGAACUGGAUUGUGUUGUUUUGUUUUACCCACGAAAAGUUUUACAUGUUUCCUAAUGAUUAAUCUUUGCUCAACACCAAGUUUGGAAAAAGAGGAUUUUUAGUUUCUAUGACGAUUCUAUCCCCUCAUCUUUUAGAUGGACCUCACCCCCUUUUUGCUCCCCUCGUCCUACAUUGCUUACCCAAGGCCUUGUGAAAUUUUACUUAGGUCAUCCUUUUUUCCCUGCUUCAGUGCAGGACUGUCUUCCCUAACUGCCUUACAUUAACUGCCACCUGACUAGCAAAGCAUGACCCAUCUACUGUCACUAUAGGAAGAGCAGUUCAUUCCUUCCCCACAUCUUCACAAAUUUCGGGGAACCAGAGAAGAAGUCUAAGGCCUCCAACCAUGUUUUUCAUGCUCAUGCUAUUCCUCUACCAUAGUACCUGGUGUUCCCUCACUCCAUCACUCUUCUAUUUGGUCUCAUUCCCUCUCUCUCCCCAGCAAUGCUGAUUCCAGGGCUUUCAGCCCUGAAGGAAGAUCAAGUAGUUGCCUGUACUUCCUUCCCAGGGUUCACUUAUUCAGUACAGGCCAUUUCCAUACAGCUCAGAGCUCUGGCCUCUCCCAAAGACCAAACAGGAGUUUUUGAGCCUUUAGUUUACUUCCUCUUCAGUCCCUCCCAAGUAGUUUUUUCUUAGGCCUUUGUUCUCAAAUUCUUUUUUUAAAUGCCAAGCAUCCAGAAGUGAAAAAUUAAUACAAUGAAAAAGGCUGCAACAUUUUGAAUAUAUUUUUGUUUAUUUACAUUUUUCUCCCCCUCAUUUUAUUUCUACAAAAUAGUGCACUUACCUUCCUAUGUUAAUCUUCAAGACCCAUUUAUCAUUCAUCUGGUUUUUUUAUUUUCCCAUUACUGUCUUUGUCCACUUCACCCAACAAGUCAGUCCCAGCUCUGUCUUGGCUGUGUACCCUAGCUCUGCCUUCUACUAAGCUGGAGUACAGCUAUGUGUUACAGCAACUGCUUAACAUAAAUGAGGUCUUGUCUUAGAUUGGAUUCCCACCACUAGUGAGAGAUAUAGAGGAAUCCCCCACCCAUUUUAUUAGGCCAUGCAUUUAGCUAUUCUUGGGUUUUCCCUGCUUACAGGCUCCCCUGCCCCCCACCCCCGACUUCUAGCAUUUUAUAUCUCAUGAUCCUGAAGCCUAAGAACAGACCAUCUAGGAGCAUAUGGUUAUUUGGGCACUUGCAUUACCCCACCCCACCAGACCUAAGCCCUUGAGUAGUCUACUUACCCUUCAACUUCCACAAUGCCUUGUAAAUAAUGGCUGUUCAAUUAAUAUCUAAGACAUCAAAUCUAGUGGAUUUUUUUGUUAAUUUGUAAUUAGUAAUAUAAUUCUCCAUUUACCUUUGAUUCUUGGAGUAAAAUUCCUAACAGGAAAAAAAAAAAAA